CAUGUUAAUCCGCGAACGGAAGUCAAUAGUCCUACUCAAUUCCAUCUGCGAAUGGUGCAGUCCGUUAUCCGCUGUGGACUGAACGUGAAAACGCGAUCACUUGAAGGACCUUUUUUGGACGAGAAGUGGACUAUUACCACGUUGAUUUGCGUUACUGCUUUAUCGAUCAAGCAUCGCGGGGGACUUCCAUUCUAUCGAACGAGCGGGCCAGUGAAGUGUCGUCACGGGACAUAUCACGGAGUGUGCACUCCUCCUCUACGGUCCCCAUCUUCACUCCCCACCCACCGUUACUCUUCUCGGUUUCCACCAUCUCCGCCUCCAUGCCCGCCUUCUCUAUUUCCACCUUCUCCGCCUUCAUCUACAUCUUCUCCAUCAUCCCAUCUUCAUCACCGUCCAUUCCUUUACUCCGCCUUCACGUCAUUCUCAUCGAAAAAAACAGUCGUUGAUCGACAUAUCGAACUGUAUCUUAUCUCUCCCUGUCCCCCUUACGCACGACUGAGACUGAUGUGA